AUAAGAAUUAUUGAACCUAUUAAAUAUUAUUGCAUGCCCGAUGUUAUACAUUAUCAAAAAAUCAACUAGUAUUAUUAUAGGAUUUCGCAUUCUAAAUAUUAUCCUAUUUACAACCUUGAAUGUUAUACUACAAAAAUUAACUAUAUAUUAUUCUUAUUUAGAUCUCUCCUUAUCAACAAACCUCAUACAAAAAUCGUAUCGCCCAUUUUAAUACUUAUUCAUAAAGAUUGAACAAGCAAAGCCGUUCGGGCUAAGAAAAUCUGACAUUUGUAAACUGAGAAAAAAAAGAUAACGGCUUCGUUUCUCUCGAUCCACGCGUUUUACCGUAUUUUGCUUUUUGAUUCCACACACGCGUUUUUAGCAAAAAUAUAGCCUACAAACGACGCACCGAGAUAACGUCACCCUCGCAAAAAAUAAUAUUCGUUUAGAGGCGUGGACAAAGGGAUAAUGAGCACGGUUCCGCCUUCCGUGGUCCCGACUGAUUUUGCCCAUCAGGAUUCGCCGGACACGAAAGUUGCUGAGGAAGCUGAAACGGAAGAAGAAUCUUGCCCCGUUUGUGGGGACAAAGUUUCUGGCUAUCAUUAUGGUCUGCUCACUUGUGAGAGUUGUAAAGGGUUCUUCAAGCGCACUGUUCAGAACAAAAAAAUUUACACUUGCAUAGCCGACAAAUGCUGCGUCAUAGACAAGGCCCAACGCAAGAGGUGUCCUUUUUGUCGUUUCCAGAAGUGCUUGGACGUCGGCAUGAAACUCGAGGCCGUUAGGGCAGAUCGAAUGAGGGGCGGACGCAACAAAUUCGGGCCCAUGUAUAAGCGCGACCGAGCGCGAAAAUUACAAACUUGCCGUAACCGAAACUCUAAUAUCAGUAGCUCUUCCAACUCUGGCAGUAGCCAUCACAACGGUCUCGGCGACCAUCGCAGUGAUUCGAUAUCUUCGCAUAACUACAACCCCUCGCAGCAUUUAUUCGACAACGGAGCCUCCAACGAAAGCAGCAUGAAUAGUUUGCUGCUUCACAAUGGCACGUCCCUUUCGCUCUUAAAUUCCCGGUCUUACUCCACUAACUUUAUACACAACGCAGCCAUUAACGGUAAUGGCAGCGUUAACCAGAGCGGCCACCAAAUUAACAACAACCACCACAUGACUAACGGCCAACCCGUAUUUGCCGAUCAUAACAACUCUCUCACCAAUCCCCUACAACACCUAUCUUCUACUUACAAUAAUAUCAAUCACAAUAACAAUAAUCAUAUUACCGGAAAUAGCAACAAUAAUCACAUAACUGGAAAUAGCAACAACAAUUUAUACAUGGCUUGGCGGAUGGACUCUGCCAACAGCAAUAUCGGUGACCAUAACGACUCCCACAACAAUCGCUACAACCACAUCAUCACUUCCUCCGGCCUCAUCAAAGAGGAAAUCUCCUUGCUUUACGACGACGAGUCUAGUGGUGCGGGUUCUCGUCAUCGCUCCGCUGCCGCUUCUGCCAAUUACUAUGAACUCGAACCACCCUCUCUUACAUCUGUUGAUCUUUCCGGCUUCGGCAAUAAUAACAAUAGUGAGAAAGGCGGCGGCUCGCCUUUUGUGGCAGUCCAGAUCCCGACGCUUAGUUCGACCCAGCUGAGUCCCGAAUCACGCGUUUCGUCUUCAACGCCACUCGGACCCGCGGUCUCCCUCUCCACGCCCGCUUCGGUCACUUCCGAUUACCCUUCCCUCACUCCUCUGUCUCGUCAUCCUCAAAUUCUGAAUCAUCACACCAACCCCCUCCUACUGCUCGGUCAGCUCAGUGGCAAGCCACCCGACCAAGACGAGUUAAAGCGAGAACCCUGCGAAAAUGAGCACGAAAAUGAACAAGUGCCGGCCUCCGCCCUGCCAAUGUUAGAUGUGUCCGACAUGUUCCUUGGAGGCAUUACAUCCGGUGAGGAGCCGCGUGACAUAGUUGGGGAUGAAAAUGAAAGGAGUCCCCCAUCUAACCACCACCCCGUGAUCCGAACCGGUAACACUCCGCUCUUUUGCGGCGGCUCCGUUGCGAACAUUAAUAACGGUCACGGGUCCAUUUUUAGGGGCAAUGGUAGCGCCGGAGAUUUUCCUCACAAUUUGCAACAUCAUAGCAUGCACCAUAAUCAAAUUUUGAACCACGAAACGCAGCAGUUGGGAUUCGAUCAAAGUCAAUUUAUUAAACAGCUCGUUAGCACCAAUACCGUAGACGAUCAAAUUUGGAAAGAGAAUCUGUUUGGCUUCAUCCAUUCCCAGACUUACAAUCAAUGCGAGGUCGACCUAUUUGCUCUCAUUUGCAAAGUUCUCGAUCACAGCUUGUUCACUCUCGUAGAUUGGGCUAGGCAUAGUUAUUUCUUCAAAGAUUUGGAAGUCAACGAUCAGAUGAAACUGUUGCAGCAUUCUUGGAGCGAAUUGCUCAUUCUAGAUCACACCUACCAUCGCAUUUAUAACGAGCUGCCGGAAGAAAUGCUUUUACCGAACGGGCAAAAAUUUGACCUGAUAACCAUAUCCCUACUUGGGUUUUCUACCUUGGCUCAUCACCUGCACCAAUUCAUGUCCAAGCUUAACGACCUAAAGAUGGACAAAAACGAAUACGUUUCGCUUAAAUUCUUCGUCUUACUUAAUCCUACUGUACGUGGCCUACAGAACAGGAAGUUAGUGGAAGAGGCUCAAGACAAAAUUCAUUCGGCUCUCAUGAUUUAUUCCUCCCUCAAUUACCCCCUGAUAAAAGACAAAUUUUCUCGCAUAAUGGCGUGUCUUAGCGAAGAGCUCAGGUUGAUCAGUCUUAAGGGUGAGGAGUUUUUGCAUUUCAAACAAAAUACCGGUAAUUUACCUCCUCAUACCCUGUUAGUCGAAAUGUUAAACGCAAAGAAGCGACGAGUCUGAUAUAACCCCCUCUCCCUCAUAUUUACUUAUUUAGCCUAUUAUUCCUUUUUCAAAAGAAAGGAUAUGAUGACAUUUUUACAAAUCACUCCCCCCCCCUCUAACAUCUGUAUAACAAACAUUGCAACUACACUAGUUAUAAUCUCUAAUGUGGAUAUAUAAUUUUUUUUAAAAAAAAUGCAAAAAAAUCCUACAAUUUUAGUGGAGUAAAACAAACAGCAAAAAAUUAUAUUUUUUGAUUGCACAAAAUAACAUAUUUUUACAAAAAAAACGAGCAUUUUUAUUAUUUUAUUUAUUGAUUAUUUUUUUAAAUAUUCAAAUUAUUUAAUAUCUUGCUCUGUAUUCUCCUCUCUAUAAAAGUAAUAACGGCCUAUGUAGUAAUAUCUAAUAUGAUGUUUCGUUCGCAUGUAAAACACCCAUCUAUUAUUUAAAGGAACUAUAUUAGUAUUGCGCAUGCGCGGAUUCGAACAUGCAGAGCAUUCAUUUUAUUAUACUUAAAAAUAUCAAAUUUAUUACGCGAAGAACUUCGAUUGGAUAACUUUAUAAACAAAAAAUCAAAUCUCUUAUUUUAUAGUGAUUUUUUUUACCUCUAUAUUAUCUUGCACUAUUCAAAUUUUUAUUAAAAAUUGUGUCGCAUUUGGCCGGAUUGUUCCGCUAAUAUUUUAUCGGUCAGUAAAUAGCAAAUUUCGACGACUAAUGAAUGUUUUUAGAAAUUUUUACCCCCCCCCCCCCAUCCUUGCAUCAUCCAUCAAUUUUUUUUUAAACAUUACAAACCAAUCGAAUUCUUUACAUAAAUUUGGCAGCAAAACAGUUUUAAUGUUUUAAAAAAUAUCAUAAUUCAAACAAUUUAUGCGGAUAUUUUCGGUAAAAAAAAGGAAUUUAAAUUCAACUCUAAAUUUUAUUUUUUUAAUAUAAAAACAUAUGUGGUUUUUUCUUCCUCAUUUUUACUAACUG